AUGAGCGCGCCCGCGAUAUCCGCGCACGCGGCCUCUGGGAUGACGCUCCUCCACACGAGGUCACGGAAGAAGACGCGGCCCAUCUCGGGGUCCGGGGCGCGCUGGCCUUGCGGGAGCAGGAAGACGAGGUCGGCGAAGAGCUCGUGGGCCGCGCCGCAGAAGCGCCACAGGACGGUCAUCCAGUCGACGAAGCGCGGGCGCCACUCGUGGUGGAUCUGGCGCAGGAACUGGGAGUUGCGGCGGCUCUUCGUGAGCUGGACCAGCUGCUCGCGCGGGUACGUGGUGGCGAUGAAGACGAGGACCUCGUGCGGGCGCCAGCCGUCGAACGUGAGGCACCAGUGCUCGCGCAGCUGGUACAGGCGGUCGCUGUACACGUCCUCGACGUGCGGCGCGGCGGUGGCGAGCGGGCCCCGCGGCGUCGGGAAGUGGUGCUCCCACUCCUCCAGCGCGUCCGCGACGGCGGAGCGGAAGCAGUGGUUCGCGGCUCGGCUCAUGUCGUUGCGCGGCGGGGGCGCGCCGUCGGGGGCGCAGCCGCGCGGCAGCAUCGAUCAAUGGAUGUCCAUUACGCUCGAGGUGGCAAGAAAGUGUUUCCUAUCGGUGGCGGGGCUAUGUCAAGAUGUCGGACGCAGGUUGGUGUGCAGAGCAGGUCGACAGCAGUGA